CGGCUGCUCUUCCUUUCUGGGCUCGGACCUCGGAGGCUUCGACAUGACUAAACGCACCAAGAAGGUUGGGAUCGUGGGUAAAUAUAGGGCCCAUUACGGCGCCUACCUCCGGAAGAUGGUGAAGAAGAUUGAAAUCAGCCAGCAUGCCAAAUACACCUGCUCCUUCUGCGGCAAAAUCAAGAUGAAGAGGCGUGCCAUGGGCAUUUGGCACUGUGGCUCCGGCAUGAAGACGGUGGCCAGGGCCGCCUGGACGUACAACACCACUUCUGCCGUCACAGUCAAGUCUGCGAUCAAAAGACUGAAGGAAUGGAAAGACCAGUAGAGGUGCCAU